GCUCAAACAUCAACUCUUCGAACUUCCUCACAUUCACGUCUGCAACUGCUGCUGUUCUUAACAUGUCUUCUCCGACUCACAAAGCACUUCUUGUCGAAUCAAAGGGCGCUCCCCUUGUCCUCGGGACACGUCCUACUCUUAAGCCCGGAAAGGGCCAGCUCCUGGUCAAGAUAAUUGCAGUAGCUCUAAAUCCAGUCGAUGCCUACCAAGCUCAGGUCGGAUUCCUCAUCACUUCUUACCCCCAUGUCUGUGGCUACGAUGGAGCUGGUAUCGUGGAAGAGAUCGGCGAGGGCGUCACCAACUUUACGAAGGGAGAUAGAGUUCUGUAUGGAGCAGACACCGUGCCCGUGGAGACCCAUACCUUCCAGGACUACGGAAUCGCAGACGCGUCUUUGACUGCCAAGAUCCCCUCCAAUGUCUCGUUUGAGGAAGCCUCGACCAUACCGCUUUGCCUCUCGACUGCCAUUGUAGGACUCUAUGGUGAAUCCAGAAAAGCGCAUGGGGGCGCAGGUUUCAUUGCCCCCUGGGAGCAAGGUGGUAAGAACAAGUAUCACAAUGAACCCAUCAUUAUCAUAGGCGGCUCUAGCUGCGUUGGCCAGGGUGCUAUCCAGAUGGCGAAGAUGUCUGGGUUCAGUCCAAUCAUAACCACCGCUUCAUCGCGCAACGAAGCGUACUGCAAAGCCGCAGGGGCAACCCAUGUCAUCGACUACAACAAUGCGCCCUACGGACCCGCGUUCGUUGAAGCAGUCGCAUCCAUCACGACAGCUCCGGUCAUGGUGAUCUGGGACUGCAUUGCGGGCGAAGACUCGCAAAAGGCCUGUUGGUCUAUCCUCGCGCCGAAUGGAAAGUUCGUCGUGGCGAAACCUACACCUUCGAAAGCGAUCGGGGAAGACGGCUUCGUUGAUGAUGAAGGAAGGAAGGUCAUUGGCGUUUUCGGAAGUGUGUAUGAUGACCAGGUAGGAGGAGACGCGCGGCUCGGGAAAACAUUGUUCCAGGCAUUAGAGGGCAUGUUGAGAGACGGACACGUAAAGCCUAGUAGGGUCGAGUUGCUUCCAGGAGGUUUACUUGGGAUCGCAGACGGACUGGAGAGGGUGAAGUCAGGUAAAGUCAGUGGUAGGAAGUUGGUCGCGAGGCUUGCGGAUACGCCGUCGAAUUGAUGUUUAUGUUGCCAGUGUUUGCUACUAUGAAUAUCUUUAUAUUUGC